AUGGGAUGGUACAGAAGACCAUUUCGAUCCUCUUUUAAUGCUUUUCGUAGCUACACCUCAAAUAUUACUGCACGCAGAAACCCCAUUCAAGAAUCGAGUUUAAGAAGUGGUUGCUACACUGAUUCUUUGAAGCCCAGCUUUACUAAAUCAAGAAUUUCUGAAUUUUCUCAACCAAUUUUUAGGAAUUGUGCUUUACAAAAUGGUUUUAAAUCAAUCCAAUGUAAUAGCCCCUUUCUUCACGGAGCAAAGAGGUUUUACUAUGUGGAUAGGUACCAGGUUUAUCACUUUAAGCCAAGAGGAUUCAAAAGGUGGUUUCAGAAUCCCAGAAACGUGAUUAUUGUGGUUUUGGUAGGCUCUGGGGUUGUUGUUACUAUAUACUUGGGGAAUUUGGAGACUGUACCUUACACAAAAAGAACCCAUUUUGUUCUUUUAUCGAAAAAUUUGGAAAAAGAGCUGGGAGAGACUCAAUUUAAGCAGUUGAAACAAAGUUUUAAGGGGAAAAUCCUGCCCCCACUUCACCCAGAGAGCAUUAGGGUUCAAGCAAUAGCGCAUGACAUAAUUGAGGCUUUACAGAGAGGUUUGAGGAAAGAGAACGUGUGGAGUGAUGUAAGGUACUCACCAGAGAGUGUUGGGUUGCCUCACGAGACUAGUGGGCACGAGACUUUGAUGGGAUUAGGUGACAAGAUUACUGAUGAGGAGAAGUGGUUAAAGUUAAAGGAGGAGAAAUGGAACAAGGACGAUGAAAUUCUUGAUGAUCAUUGGGUGCAGAAGAGUAGGAAGGAAGGUCAAAAGAAAGGGAUGAAAUCUGAGAGUGGGCAUUUGGAGGGUUUGAAGUGGGAGGUUAUUGUGGUUAAUGAGCCUAUAGUUAAUGCCUUUUGUAUGCCUGGUGGUAAGAUCGUCGUUUUUACCGGUUUGCUUAAUCAUUUCAGAUCAGAUUAUGAAAUUGCAACCAUUCUCUCGCAUGAGGUUGCUCAUGCUGUGGCUAGGCACUCGGCUGAACAAAUUUCAAAGAACCUAUGGUUGGACAUUUUACAGUUAAUUCUGUAUCAGUUUGUGAUGCCUAAUCUAGUCAACACGAUGUCACAUCUCUUCCUAAGGCUUCCUUUUUCUCGGAGGAUGGAGAUGGAAGCAGAUCACAUUGGACUUAUGCUCAUGGCUUCUGCUGGGUAUGAUCCUCGAUUGGCUCCCCAAGUCUACGAGAAGUUGGGAAGAAUCUCGGGUGACUCAGCUUUGAGGGAUUAUCUUUCCACCCAUCCUUCUGGAAAGAAGAGAUCUCAAAUGUUGGCUCAGGCUAAAGUCAUGGAAGAGGCACUCGAGUUAUACAGGGAGGUACAGGUGGGACGAGGGAUUGAGGGUUUUCUUUAG